CGCGUCGUAAAAUGUCCCGAAACUUUUAGAGGUCUCUGAAGUUUAUUUCAGAGUCAGGGUCGCGGCAUCGCAGAAUCCGCGCUCAACGCCUCCUUUCGUGACUGAACCCGACAGUGAGGGGGGGGGGGGAGUCGGUUUGUCCAGUGGUUACCUGACUCCAGUCAUUACCGCGAGGCCAGCCCCCCAGACAGCGGCGGCAGCCUCAUGUUUCCUGUUGUCGUCCUGAGUGACUGCGGAGCAGAUAAACAGCUUCCGUAAACAGCAACAGGUUGAGAUGCUUUCGGCUUUCACCAGUAGUAUGACCCGCCAUCUGGUGAUUGAAAGCAAUAUCAUAGAGAAAAAAUUUAAAAAGUUACCACCACGAUCUGACCUGCUCAAGAUCCGUAUAGGAUGAUUUGAUGAUUAUUACAGCGUCAAGUUGUGUUUCAGGGCUGUAAUCAGAAGAGAUUUUAAUGAAACAAGGCAUCUGUGCAAAAAGGGUCGCUGUGGGAAUCCAUUUUAAUCAUUGUGAAUCCAAGUUUGCUGCUGCUGCGGUCUUCUACGAAGGAGCAAACUACAAACCUUUCAGUGAUACUGAAAGAUACUGGGUAGUGCCGAGGGCUUCUCAGUGGCAGAGCGACGGAAGUGAGAGGUGGUUUUGCUUUGAAAGAGACGAAAAGGGGAAAAGAGAAAGAAGCGGAGCUGAGACCACAAACGAAGCCACAGAAUGGGAGUCCGCUGCAGCAGGAAAUCCUCCUAGAGACGGAGAGUCGGAGGAGGCAGUGAUCACUGAUUGCAACAUACAAAAAUUUAAGAUGAUUGACAGUCGUCUAUCGGCACAGAGGAGGGCGAUGAGGAACCUUCCCGGAGACCGAGGUCAGCAGAAGACCAGCACCUACAUCGUGCCCUGCUUCCUCUUUGUGGAGUUGGUCAUCAUGGCAGGGACCGUUCUGUUGGCGUACUACUUUGAGUACACGGACACGUUCCCCGUGCACAUCCAGGGCUUCUUCUGUUUUGACAAAGCCUUCUCCAAGCCCUACCCAGGACCAGAGGACAACAGCAAGGCGCCGCCCGUCCUCGUCUACUCCCUCGUCACUGCCAUCCCCACUGUGACGAUUCUGAUUGGGGAAGUGACCGGUUUCUUUGUGAAGACAGAGGGAGCUCAGGAGAAGACCAUAGUGACCGCCGACUGCUGUUAUUUCAACCCGCUCCUCCGUAGGAUCGUUCGUUUUCUGGGUGUCUACUCCUUCGGCCUCUUCACCACCACCAUCUUUGCCAAUGCUGGUCAAGUGGUGACAGGAAACCAGACGCCUCAUUUCCUGUCUGCCUGUAAGCCAAACUACACAGCGCUGGGCUGCCAGUCUCCGCUGCAGUAUAUCACAGAGCGCCGAGCCUGCACAGGAAACCCUUACCUGGUGGCGUCCGCCCGCAAAUCCUUCCCCUCCAAAGACGCAGCUCUCAGCUUUUAUUCAGCCAUCUACACAGUGAUGUAUGUGACCCUGGUGUUCCAGACCAAAGGGACCCGCCUGACUAAGCCCACCCUGUGCCUGGUGCUGCUGUCUCUGGCUGUGCUAGUGGGGGUGGUGAGGGUGACUGAACACAGAAACCACUGGAACGAUGUCCUUGCCGGGUUCGUCACCGGAGGGGCCAUCGCUGCCUUCCUGGUGUCAUGUGUGAUCAACAAUUUCCAGCCAACCCAGAUAGCAGUGCCAACUCCUCCCCCUCCACAGCGUCCAGAACCAUCCAUCGGGCUCCCUCUCCUCAGCCUGCCCCGUGUGGAGAGUCCACUCGAAAAACUCCAGGGCUACCGUGUUCUGAGAUCACAUGACCAUCAGCCAAUCCCGUCCCCCGCCCCUCCCGAUGUGCUCCUCCCCUCACGGCGUUGCCUCACCAGUGCAGUCUAGACCCGCCCUCUGAAUGCCCCCUGCCCUGCCCUGCCCAUCCCAAAGGACGACAUCCUCUCCGACGAGUCAAAUCAACCCAGGUGUGAAGAUCCACCAGUCACAAGAGGCAGGACCGUGACAUGUGCACAUGGCAGCCUGGCUGGAACCUGUCAUCCGCUAAGGACCAAUAGGAGAUGGAGACCUGUCCUUCUAUCCUGUUCUGUCCUGUUUGUCCUCCAAGAUGGCCUCCCUUUUCUUUUGGGUGUAAAAGACCCAUUUGAGAAACUUGCCAAAGCCAGAGCUGUUGAAGCAAUACUGGGUCCUAUUCCCUUGUCCUUUUUUCCACAAAGACUCAACAGUGACUUUAAAGACUGUUGGCUGGUGAUGACUUGAUAAAAAACUCGAUGAAAACAAAAAAACUCAACAGAGCUGAGGGUUUGGGGAUAGAAGAAAAUCACAAUUACUAGUGGAUCGUCCUCAAAAGACCAUUUUCUAACACUCAGGACAAUAAAAUGAAAAAAACAAAAACAAAACAGGACUAGAUUAAAAACAAAGAUCUUUACAUAGUCACAAAGCAGGUACCCUCCGAGUAUUAUGGUACAGAAUUUUUUCUGUCCUAAAAAAUUAACAAGAGACACUGUCAAAGAGGAAAGCACUUUUGUAAAUUAUAGCACAGAUGAACCAAUUUAGCGUUCAGUAAACUGUGUUGUACCUUAUUUGUUUUGGGGGGAUAUUUGAUCUCUUGCUGUAUAUUGUGUGAAGUGAUAGAAGGAAGAUUUACACACACUAGAGAUGUUCUUGUGAUACCACAUUUGUUUUGGAGCAUCAGUUAAUUCAUCCAUGUAGUGAACUGAACCGGAUUUCCACCACCCUUCCAAACAUCUUUUAGCUACUUACUAUUCAGGUGUGUGUGUGUGUGUGUGUGUUUGUGUUAUAAAAGUCUGUAGGCUUUACGUCCAUGCUGUGAAAUAUUCUGAAAGUUUUAUCACUUGAUUUACUGCCUAUUCUCAUGUGGAGUUCUUUGCCAGUGUUAAUUUCCAUAAAAGUCACAUCCUAGUGUUUCCUUUACAGCCUUUCAUGCUUUUUUCUUUUUUUCUUGAAAAUUACCUUUAUCUAAAUACGGGACACCAAUGUGACGUGUCUUACAUUCAUGUCACACGCAAAAUGAAUGUGUUAUUUGAGUGGCAAUGACAUCGGUUUGCUACUGUUCAUGCAUCUGUCCUGUCCAGUUUUGCUGAAGCGGUUCUCCCUGCUUCAGUCCACCAUCAUUUCCUCACACUGACUCUAUAAAUCCAAUGACACAGACCAGUGUCUAACACAGAGUUAAGAUCUCUGAGUUUUGUAUAGUUUUGUACAGUAAAUAUGUUUCUUUACACGGUAUAUACAGCAUUAUCAUUAUGUUUAAAUUGUGUGAACAAUGUGAAGCUACCUGAAGCUGUCUUGUAGGAACAUGAGUAGUGGCCUGAUCUAAAGCAGGAAUGUAGCGCAGUGGAGAGGUGUGUGAAAUCCUAAAAGCAUGCAGCUGGUGUGCUUGGUUCACAACUUGCUUUGGUUCUGCUCAGUUCAAAAGGACACUGCAGACAGGUUAGACUAGUAGAAGAGUACACAGCAGGUUAUAUAAAGAAGACAUUGCUAUGGUUUUAUUAAGCGUGUGCGUGUGUGUGUGUGUGUGUGUGUGCUUAUUGGGAUUUUUGUGUAAGUUUAUAAUGAGCGCAUUGUAUGGCAGCCUAACUGUUAAUUUGGCAAUCUGUUCUCUUAAGUAAAACUGUCAAAAGUAGCUGCUAUAAUUACACACUUGUGCUUGUGUGUAACUGCAGGCCUUCAAAGGACCCCUGCCAAGGCGUGUUAUAGCAGAAGGUGCUCAUUAUAGCUUUGAGAUUACCUACAGUAAAACUUUUCAGUCUGAAUUUUUUAGUAAACAACUGAAGAGAUAGAGAACACCGUCACUGUCAAAAAAAUUGUUAUUUUCCUGUUAAAAUGUCUCUGAUUUGUAUUUAUUUACCAAAAUA